GAUGCGGCCGUGAUUGAUGAAUUUUUCUUCACCCCGGCCUGGUCUUUGUAGACUCCUGGCCUUGCAGUGCGUUCUGCGGUGUAGUUUGAGUGUAUGAAUGAGAAGCGCGCUAGUGACUUUGUAUCCUCCGUGCACCUGCUUGCUUUCAGUGCGGGCAAUGCAGGAGACGCUGCUUUGCAAGCUUCUCGGUGCAGACCUUUAAUGGCCAGGGGGCACAACUGAAAAUAUGGCAAGCAUCGAAAAGUCUCGCUGCGGAUCUUCAUAGAGAGACAGUAGGAUGUAUAUGACAGAAGACUGAAAGGCUUCUCAGCUAGUUAUUCAGAUGCAUCCUGCGUUCGAAACUGUGUUCUAAGAUUCACUAUUGGAAUAGUUUUGCACGGCCUGUUUCCGACGAGGGAUGUGAGGUCCCUUCAAAAGCAAGCAUCUGAAAAUACAGUCUUGGGCGUUUGAUGGUGUAUCAGACUUGUGGAUGGCAGAUGCAGAGAUAGAGGAGCAAAGGAGGUAAACAGGAUCUCUGUUAUUGUAGCAUUUACGAGGAAGGUGGGAAAAGAAUGCUUCUGGGAGAAGGUGGCGUUUGACCUGAGGGAGCCAACUUCAGGAGGAAAAGCAUUCCAGAAAGAGAACAGCAAGUACAAAGGUCCUGAGCCAAGGGCAAGUUGACAUGUUGGAGGAGCAGUCACCCCAGUGAAAGGAGGGGCAUCAUACAAGGAGAGCGAAAGGAAACAAAGCUGGAAAACAGGGCUUGGGGACUCUGGCAAGCUCCCUGACCUGGGCAUCUCUCUGGUGAGGAGAAGAGGGCAGGCCUGCUGUCCUGGAGAUCCUGUGGUCACCUCAUCAGGAACCCUGAGUGCCCACUUCAGGUGUCAUCAGCAUGGGGUUCUGAAGUCCAUGUGGCUCCUUGCUGCGAACCAGGUGUUAAAGAAAAUGCAGAGGCGUCACAGCAGCAACACGGACACCAUUCCACCUGAAAGAAACCGCAGCCAGGCGCUCAGCCCUGAGGCCAGCGUGGAUGAAGGCGGCAUGUUCGAGAGCCUGAAGGCCGAGCCAGCCUCCCCGCCCGCACUCUUCUCCGGCCUGGCCAGCAGCCUGCCCGCAAGCCCCUUCCCGGCCAGCCUGGUGCUGGGCUCCUCUGCAGGCGGCGGGGACGUGUUCAUCCAGAUGCCCACGUCCAGGGAGGAAGGAGGCGGCCGCACCAGCGAGGGUGGCACCUACCACCACCGGCAGCCCCACCACCACUUCCACCACAGUGCCCACCGCGGGGGCUCCCUGCUGCAGCACGUGGGUGGGGACCACCGCGGACACCCGGAGGAAGGGGGUGACGAGCAGCCAGGGACGCCCGCGCCUGCCCUGUCCGAGCUGAAAGCUGUCAUCUGCUGGCUGCAGAGAGGGCUGCCCUUCAUCCUGAUCCUUCUGGCCAAAGUGUGCUUUCAGCACAAGCUUGGCAUCGCCGUGUGCAUUGGGAUGGCCAGCACCUUUGCCUACGCCAACUCCACGCUCCGAGAGCAGGUCUCGCUGAAGGAGAAGAGGUCGGUGCUGGUCAUCUUGUGGAUCUUGGCCUUUCUGGUGGGGAACACCCUGUAUGUGCUGUACACGUUCAGCUCCCAGCAGCUGUACAACAGCCUCAUCUUUCUGAAGCCCAACCUGGAGACCCUGGACCUCUUUGAUCUUCUGUGGAUCGUGGGCAUUGCAGACUUCGUACUGAAGUAUAUCACCAUCGCCCUCAAGUGCCUCAUCGUGGCCCUGCCCAAGAUGAUCUUGGCCGUCAAGUCAAAGGGAAAGUUCUAUCUGGUCAUCGAGGAGCUGAGCCAGCUGUUCCGAUCGCUUGUCCCCAUCCAGCUGUGGUACAAAUACAUCAUGGGUGAUGACUCCUCCAACAGCUAUUUCCUGGGAGGGGUCCUGAUCAUCCUCUACAGUCUCUGCAAGUCAUUUGACAUCUGUGGCCGUGUGGGUGGAGUCCGAAAGGCCCUAAAGCUUCUCUGCACCUCUCAGAAUUAUGGUGUCCGAGCCACCGGGCAGCAGUGUACUGAAGCCGGAGAUAUCUGUGCCAUCUGCCAGGCCGAGUUCCGAGAACCUCUGAUUCUCCUGUGCCAGCACGUGUUCUGUGAGGAGUGCCUCUGCCUGUGGCUGGACCGCGAGCGCACCUGCCCACUCUGCCGCUCGGUCACCGUGGACACGCUGCGCUGCUGGAAGGACGGGGCCACCUCGGCGCACUUUCAAGUGUACUAGGUCCAGAACUUGAGGAUGCCUGAGGGCCAGCAUCCAAGGUCCUGUUUCUGCAAAACAAUCUCCAGCCCCAAGGUCAGCCUCCUGCCAGCUCCAGCCCCAGGGCCAGUCCUGGGCCUCCGCCUCCUCCUCUCUUCCUCCCUUGUUCCGAAGGAUAAUGUGAGCACCUUCCCUCCAAAAAGGGAGGCCUCCUCCUGCAAUGAGCCUGCCCUAGGUAGGUCAUCUGACCCCUCCCAGUCAAGGAAUCUGCAACACAGGAAGUUCUCCCCUUCUGUCAACCUAGUACCAAGUUCCUACUACUCAGUGCUGCAAAUUGGGGAGGAGCAUAGCAGGCCCUGCCUCUCCACGGGGCCCGGGCCUGCAGCAUCCCUGUGAAGGAUUUGCAAAGUCCAAGCUGCCAUCUACACUGAUUAGCUUAAUGGUCCAACCACUUAACAUGUGCCAGGCACAGCCUCGAGCAUCCAGCUUGGCUCACUUCCGGUCAUCUUUACCAGAGUCUUGUCACACAGGUACUCUUGGCCCGCCUCCAUUUGACAGAUGAGGAAACUGAGGCACCAAGUAUAGUGUAGGAACUUUCCCCAGGGUCACCCAACUGGUGAGGGCUGGCUGAGCCUCCAACAUGGCCAUGGUCUGGCAUCAGAGUCCGCUGAGGCUGCAGGUGUGGGACCCAGCAGACCUGAGAGACUGAAAGCAUGACAGGUGGUUUCGCUGCCCCUCCCUUAAGCCUUUGGGGCCUUGCUGGGUGCAGUGGCUCCUGCCUGUAUACCCCGCACUUGGGAAGCUGAGGCAGGAUUGGGAUUUUGAAGCCAGUUUGGACUACAUAGAAGGACCCUGUCUCCAAUACAACAACAGUAACAAAAAGACUAGCACAGGGGUAUGGAACAUUGGGUGUGCACUGCACUGGGAAAGUGAGCCGGGCACACCAGCUCCUGCAAUCCACUUGUGCCUGGGCCCCUGGAAAGACUUCUUCCUGCAAAUUCUUGUCCUGGGGCCUGGCAGCCAUGCCCAAUGCCAUUUGGGUUCAAGAAGGAAUGAUUUGGCCCAGAUGUGAGGUCACUCAGUGCCCCAUCCCUGUUUCUUUUCUCCUCCUUCUUUCCUGUCCUCUCCCUUGCUUGUGUCUCAAGCUUCUGUGGACAUGCCUGUCUCCCCCAGGAGGGUCCCGAGCAAAAGGGACAAUCCAUUGCUGCCUGAGUCAGGGUGGUGGUGGUGUGGAGCACAGCACAAGCCAUGUUUUGCGAUCUCUGUGACAAAGCUGUUUGUCCACCCGUGCAACUCCUGCUUGGAAAUCUGGGCUAUGAUGGCACAGGUGACACAGAAGCCACUGGAACCUUGCCCAUCCUACCCAUCUCCCGGUUCUGUUCCCUCAUUGGCAACCUCAGCCACAGCGGCCUGGCACCAGCCUCAUUACAGAGAAAGCCUCUGUCUGACUGGUGAGCAGAUUAGCAUGCCAGCCCUGGGGCACAGAGUGGAGCCUUGCUCUCCCCCCACUCCUGUAAAUGCAGGACAUUUGUCCCUGUGUGCCACCAUGCCAGGACUUCAUCUUUUGCUUGACAUCCUUGGCUCUUUCCUGGUGCCCAGCAAGACACCCCUUCCAGGGCAGCAUGGCAUCUUUCAAGCUCUGUUACUAUGGUGAUGGCCGUGAUGUUAACAAUCCUGUUUGCCUGGAUAAUCAAGCAGGAAGGGGAAGCAGAGGGAAACAUCCAGGUACAUUCGGCUGCUCUGUCCCCUCCACCUUCUCCGAAGGGAAGCUACAGGCACUUGCACCCCUGGUUCUUCCCAGAGAGAAGUUCUUCCCACUAGCCCUGUCAGGAGCAAGGGACAGGAGCUGGCCAGGACUUACUGGGGAGGGUCAGCACUGGAUGGAGAAGACAGAGCGGCCGGUUGGGAGUCACACCUGGAACCCUGACUGCAAACUCCUGGCUGUGUGACUGUGGGAAGUCCCUUUACCUGCUGUCACCAUCACUGAGCUGACAAAAGCUGGUGUGUUGUUUGCUGCAGCCAAGGCAACCAACAGUGUGGGUUACUGGUGAACACACCCAUGGUUUUGCCAAUUAUACCCAGGCCAGCAAAGGAAACGCCCCCUUAACAUGUGGCAGAUAAUGAGCCAUGCCUCUGACUCUAUAAAGAACAUCACCUGUGGGGCACCUCUGGGGCAGGUGGGAUGGUAUUUAUUCAUUCCCUACCCUCCAGGGAAACUUGGCAUCUGGGGAUUUUCUUCUGGGUGGGAAGCUUUUUCUUCCUCCAGGGCGGGCAGAGGCUUCAGAAGAGAUUCCAAGUACUACCCUGCACCAAUUCCCCUAUGCUGGAGUGAAAGCAGCCAACAAGCCCUGCAGAAAUGGAACAAUGUCACUGUCCUUUACCCGCGUGCCCUGCCACACAUUAUAAACAGGAUUAAUCAUGUAUCAGGUUCCGAGCACCCUGCUCCUAAUGUUUCAUGAUGCACUGAGUCACAGAGUCCUCAGAAAUAGAGUCCUGUGUACCCGAGAGUCAUCGGUGUACCAGAAUAAGGCACACGCCGGACUUGGAUCCAGAGAGGAGGUUGUGUGGAACGUCAAGGACAUCCCAGCUCCCCAGGAGGACAUGUGACAAUCCUGGGGUCUUGUAAUGCUUCCUUCUGGGGCCAGCAGCUGCCGCCAGUGUCUUUGUGUCUCCUUAAGUACCCUCUGUCGAUAAAUGUCAUCUGUUGAUGGAA